UUCACUCUCUCUUUCUCAUAGUUCGAUCAGCAUCAAAUCACAAUCAAUGGCUCCGACGAAGGCCGAGAAGAAGCCGGUGGCGGAGAAGUCCCCGGCGGCGGAGAAGAAACCGAAGGCGGAGAAGAAGAUCCCCAAGGAAGGCGGCGUGGAGAUGAAGAAGAAGAAGAAGGUGAAGAAGAGCACGGAGACCUAUAAGAUCUACAUCUUCAAGGUUCUGAAGCAGGUUCAUCCGGACAUUGGUAUCUCCAGCAAGGCCAUGGGGAUCAUGAACAGUUUUAUCAAUGAUAUUUUUGAGAAGCUGGCGCAGGAGGCCUCGAGGUUGGCCAGGUACAACAAGAAGCCGACCAUUACCUCGAGGGAGAUCCAGACUGCUGUUCGGUUGGUGUUGCCUGGAGAGCUGGCCAAGCAUGCAGUUUCCGAGGGAACCAAGGCGGUCACCAAGUUUACAAGCUGUUAGAUUAUUUUUUGUUGUUGUUGUUGUUUGGUGUUUGGUGUUUGGAAUUGGUAGAGUGGAUUUGGGAUUGACAUCCGGAAACGUAAUGGAAUAGAAUCGUUUGAGUUGUGGUUUU